GAAAUGGCCUCACAAGCGGAGUCUGGGGUUGGGCCACCCAUGUUUUAAAUUAAUUUUAUAUACAAUACAUAUUGCCCCAUAAUACGCCCCCAGGACGGCACUUUGGCGGAACUGCCGAGCAGUGGGCUCGUAAAUUGGUAAUGUUUGUAAGCCCUGUUUUAUGGGUCGGCAAUGGCCCAGUCUGUUUACCAUAAUUACCUGUUUAUAAUUAAUUAAAAUGCAAUAAGCGUAAAUUUGAUAAAAGUGCCAUGCACAUGCUUACGCGGCAGCGAUAAUUUCGUACAUAAAGCCCGACUCCGAUUCCAUCAUCCAGUUUCAGCAGUUUUAAUAAAUGGAAUACCUUUGUUCAUAGGUGGACAACAACUAAUGAAAUAUUUCGAGUGUAGUUAUGACUACCUGGCGCGAGAUGGAAAUAAAUUGAUCAACUAAAUUACAAUCGAAUAGAUAAAGCGCAAUAAUGCGCGGCCGGAUAAAUGCAUAAAUUAUUCAAUGCCCCGGCGGAGAAGGAGUAGCCCUUAACCCCUUCCGGUCCAAAGAGUUGCGGGGGCAACCGCGUGAAAUUGCUGCAUAAACACAUUGGUUAAUGCAAUAAACCAGCAGUUGGGAUUUCGGUGUGUUUGUGUUGUUUUUCGCCCCGUCCGAGCCACGCUUAUUGACCAUGAAUAACUAACGGAAAUGCAACACGAACUGUGGUUACUCCGCCCUUGCCCCGUGUCCACGACACGUGCCCCAAAUGCUUCCACCCUCAAUCGAUGAUUCAUAGAGGGGUUCUGCACAAGUGAAGGUUGAUAUGUGUGAAGUUUAAUUGCGGCGACAUUUUGAUUUACGACUUCAAAGGGGAAAUCUAAAUGACUCAACCCGCACUUGGGGUUGUCUUUUGCAAUAAUUGUUUCAGCCAUUUCGCUCACUAAUAGGCCAAGAAAACAAUAUUGUACAUUCCAACUGACAAACCUUCCAUUUUUUUCGGUGUACUUCUGGCCCACAAAUAGAUUUUCUAUAAACCGCUAUCCUUUGUUACAUUACACCUAGUUGGUUUGUAAAAUCAUCAAUCUAAUCGAGAAUCUUACGGUAUGGUAUCAAGACAUUAGGAUCUUUUCGGCUCACCUGGCGCACCAGGAAGUAACUUCCAUGGAUUUCUUUUUCAGUUUCGCAGAAUGGACGAAUGGGUCAACUGGUUCUUGUGGUCGGCUAGUCUCUAUGCACAUCGUAGGCCUGAGUAACUUUGACUUCGACUUGAGAACGGGUCGAGUCUACACGACUACAAGGAGUACCCUUCUUGCCAUCCUGUCCAAUAUCCUUUUGGUUGUGCUCCUGGUUGUAUACUUUACUUUACGAAAGGAUUUAACUACUACCCUUGCGACAGCCACUAAACUACAAGAAUAUGUUUUUAUUGUCACGACAGGACUGCAAAUAAUGGCCGGACUGCUGACUAUCGUGAACAGGUGGCGGCAACGCCGGAAAAUGAUGCGCCUUGUCAGGUGCGUGAUCCGCGUAUAUCGAGCCAAGCCGCAGGUGAAAAGAAUGGUCCGAUGGGCGGUUCUUUUGAAGAUAGUCGUUACAAUUGUCACCCAUUCCUCGCUAUUGGAACUCGCGGCAAAUGCCUCCCAGUAUGUUGGCCCUAAGCAGAUGUUGGGCCUUGGACUGCAAUUCGUGACCAUGACAAUUAUGAAUUUGGCCAUAUCCCAACAUUUUCUGAUUAUGUUGCUUGUUCGGGCCAACUAUCGCCUUCUGAACAGGGAGCUUCGACAAAUGAUCGACGAGUGCAAGCACCUGAGCUAUUACUCCCCUCGCAACGGGGUCUUUAUGACCAAAUGCUGCUUCAUAGCCGAUCAAUUGGACAACCUAGGCAGAAUUCGCAGCCAUCUACACUCCAUUGUCACCCAAUUGCAAGAGGUCUUUGGCCUUCAGGCCCUCAUGGUCUACACGGAAUACUAUAUAACGACAAUAGGUGUAAGCUAUUUCCUCUUCAGUAUGUACAAGUACGGAGACACGAACCUUCGAGUGACAACCUUGUCGCGAAUUCUGGUAUUUAUUUGGAUGGCUUCCUACUACCUAGACGCCCUGAUGAACCUUGCCAUUAUCCUCCAAGUCCAAGGAGAUGAACAGAAGAUGAGUAGAAUUCUGGCGGAACGUACCCUGUUUGCCCCUGGACUGGAUGUGCGCCUGGAGGAAUCUUUCGAGAAUACUCAGAUCCAGCUAGUUCGAAACCCAUUAAAAAUGAACGUGAUGCAUCUAUUUCCCACCAACUACAGUAAUACCACAGCCAUGAUAUCGUCGGUAUUUAUGAACUCAAUAUACCUUAUUCAGUACGAUAUGGCAAACUUUUAGGAUUGUUACUUCGAAAAUAAAGGUUAGGAUACAGUGGGCGCUACCUAGAACAGUAUACCUAAGUAUGGGAGAUUAUUGCUUGCCCAAAAAUCAAUCAAUCCAGGAUAAGAUCAGGAGCUAGUCACCCAAUAAAUUAAUUACAUGCGUUUGCCAACCAUGACAAUGCUGGUCAUUUUUUCAAAAUGUUCGACUGGGACGGUUGGCUACUGAAGGUGGUCUACUACUACGGGUUUCUGGCCGGAAUCUCCAACUUUGAAGUGGAUUGGAGAAAGUGUCGUGUCUUUAAAACAAAAAGGAGUACCAUCUUUGCCGUUUUUCACAAUGCACUGGCCUUGGUUCUAGUGAUUUUCUAUUGGAGAGGUCAUGAAAGCUAUAACGUGCUCUUUGGCAGAGCAAACAAGCUGCACGAGUAUGUUGUCGUCAUAAUGUCCGGACUUAGACUGU